ACCCCCAACCCCUUGCUAUAUAUAUUUCCAUUUCCCCCCUUUCUUUCACUCAGAAGAAGUUCAUUCUUUCCUUGCAAGUUCCAACAUGGCAAUCUUGGUCUCUUCCUCUAGAGUCCUUCUACCUAUCCUGCCACUCUUUCUCGCAUUCAAUCUUGCAAAUUCUGAACCGUUCAUCGGCGUGAACUAUGGCCAAGUCGCCGAUAACCUACCACCGCCGUCAGCCACGGCGAAGCUUCUCCAGUCCACCGCCAUCGGAAAGGUCCGGUUAUACGGAACCGACCCGGCGAUAAUCAAGGCCCUAGCCAACACCGGGAUCGGAAUCGUGAUCGGAGCAGCGAACGGCGACAUUCCGGCGCUCGCCUCCGACCCGAACUUCGCGAAAACCUGGGUGAGCUCCAACGUCGCUCCUUACUACCCCGCCAGCAACAUCAUCCUCAUCACCGUCGGCAACGAGGUGAUAACCUCCAAUGACACCGGCCUCGUGAACCAGAUGCUGCCGGCAAUACAGAACGUGCAAAACGCCCUCGACGCCGCUUCGUUUGGUGGUGGCAAAAUCAAGGUCUCGACGGUGCAUUCCAUGGCGGUUUUGGGUAACUCUGAGCCUCCUUCUGGCGGGAAAUUUCACGCUGAAUACGACACCGUUUUGCAGGGGUUGUUGUCGUUUAACAAUGCUACAGGGUCACCCUUUGCUAUCAACCCUUACCCUUACUUUGCCUACAAGAGUGACCCUGGUAGACCUGAUAACCUUGCGUUUUGCCUCUUCCAGCCCAACUCGGGCCGGGUUGACCCAAACACCAAUCUCAAUUACAUGAACAUGUUUGAUGCUCAGGUGGAUGCUGUGAGGUCUGCGUUGGAUUCUCUGGGGUUUAAGAAUGUUGAGAUUGUGGUGGCCGAGACUGGGUGGCCUUACAAAGGAGACAACGACGAGGUUGGUCCUAGUCUUGAGAAUGCUAAGGCUUACAACGGUAAUCUGAUUGCGCACCUUCGAUCCAAGGUUGGAACCCCACUGAUGCCAGGGAAAUCAGUGGACACUUACCUCUUUGCUUUGUACGAUGAGGACUUGAAGCCAGGACCUGCUUCUGAGAGAGCAUUUGGGCUUUACAACCCUGAUCAAUCCAUGAUCUAUGAUGCUGGCCUCUCCAAGCAACAACAGCAGAGUAGUAGCCCUUCCCCUGUGGUUGCCCCGACUCCGGAUGUGUCAAAUUCUCCAGCGACUCAAACUCAAGUCCCAGUGGUGAUCCCCCCGACUACUCCGGAUGUGUCAAAAUCUCCUGUGAAUCCGACCCCAAGAGUUUCAAGUCCAACGAAACCAAAUAAUAGUGCAACAUGGUGUGUGCCAAAAGCAGGAGUGGCAGAUGCAGAGUUACAAGCAAAUUUGGAUUAUGCUUGCGGACAGGGGAUAGAUUGUAGCUCAAUCCAACCAGGAGGAGCUUGCUUUGAACCAAACGCAUUAGUGAACCAUGCUGCAUAUGCCAUGAAUCUCUUGUAUCAAAAGUCUGGGCGGAAUCCAUUCAGUUGUGAUUUCUCGCAAACUGCCACUCUAUCAACAUAUAAUCCAAGUUACAAUAAUUGCGUGUAUGCCGGAGGAGCUGCCUAACCUAAAAAACAAGAAAGUAGAUACGUGUGGCCCUUUUUGUUUGUUUAAAUUAUUCUCUCUUAAUGGCUAAGGAAUGUUUUUGUUUUGGAGCGCUCUGAAGUAGAAGGGCUUGCAUGAAGGUCCUCUAUUUAGUGUUACCUUUUUUAAUGUCUCUGUCAGAAGGAAGCUUCUGUGUUGUGUUGUCUAUGAUGUGGGUGAACUGUGAAUUGUGAUGUGUAGUAUAUGUAUGUAUGUUGAGUCAUUAUUUAAAAUCUCAGGGUCCAUGUAUAUACUAUGUUGUACUGGUUCAGUAAAAAGUUUUUCUUUCUUAA